AUGGGACCACCGAUCGAGACACCAAAAGGCACGCGCGACUGGGCGGGAGACGACAUCACACUGCGCAACAACGUCUUCGACAAGAUCCGCAAUAUAUUCCGGCUGCACGGUGGCACAGAAAUAGACACCCCCGCAUUCGAACGGAAGAGCUAUCUAACCGAAAAGUAUGGGGAAGACACGAAGCUCAUAUAUGACCUGGAUGAGCAGGGCGGAGCGCCAUGCGCACUGCGUUAUGAUUUGACUGUCCCAUUCGCUCGCUGGCUGGCCAUGAACAAUAUCCGAACAAUAAAGCGCUUCCAAAUAGGCAAGGUGUAUAGACGGGAUCAACCUUCGCUGGAAAAAGGACGCAUGCGAGAGUUCUUCCAGUGCGACUUUGACUAUGCUGGUGGUCAAUGCGAUUCUAUGGUACCGGAUGCUGAAGUCGUUUGCAUUGCCGCCGAGGUAUUCGAGGCCCUACAACUAGAUGUUGUGAUCAGAAUCAAUCACCGCCUUAUCCUAGAUGGUUUCUUCUCAGCACCCGAAGUCCAGAAAGAGAUGGUGGAAAAGGGGCUUGACGUCAACGUCGCUACCAAACUUGGACAGUAUCUGCAACGAGACAAGGAAGCUGGAACCGUUCCAAGACUAUUAACCCUUACUUCAGACCCGCUUUUGUCGGCAAACCUGGAUAUCCAAAAGGGUGUGGAAGAAAUGGAAUUGCUUAUGCAAUAUCUGAAGGCAUAUGGAGUCGCCGACCAAGUCCAAUUCGACCUAGCACUCGCCCGUGGUCUGGACUACUACACCGGCGUGAUCUACGAAGUAAUGCUACCGAUUAGGAAAACAGGGGUAUCCGUCGGAAGUAUCGCUGCAGGUGGUCGAUAUGACGACCUGGUGUCCAUGUUCAGCAGCCACAACAUUCCCUGCGUCGGCAUCUCCUUCGGAAUCGACCGCAUUUUGACCAUACUCAAAGAUGGCCAACAGCCUAAAGCCCAAAGAAUCGAUAGCUGGAUCGUUAUUGCAUCGAGCGACAAGGUCCUAGUUCAACAACGCAUGGCACUUGCCAGAGAGAUGCGCCAAGCUGGCAUCAGCGUCGAUUUUGAUCCCAAAGCCGACAAGAAGCCACGAAAACAGAUAGAUAUUGCUGAAAAGAGCGCGGCAACUGUGGCAUUUCUAGAUCUCGAUGAUGAAACGCCUGGAAACCCCCGACUCAAGAUACUCACUCCACCUCACAAGAACCCAGACAUCGCACCCGUCGUCGACCGUAACAACGUCAUCGGCCAAGUAAAAAGGCAUCUAGCACAGGCUGAAUACAACUCAUAG